AUGUCCGCCACAUCCAGAUGGGCAACCGACGACCCAGAGACCGAAGCAAUUAUUGCGCAGCAAAAACGCGAAAAGGAGCAAAAGCGACGCGCUAAAGCGGACAAGCAACGCCAGCUUGAAGCCAGCAAAGCCCAACAACAAGCUCAACAGAACGCCAACUCAGAAGCCCCCAAUGGCGAAUCCGGUCCUCCGACAAAGCGACGCAGACUUUCGAAUGAUCCUGGUGCUCCCCCAAACGAUACCCAGAUAGCAAAGAUCGAUGCGGAGCAUAAAAAGCAGUCGACUUUGUUGCGCUUUCCGGUUGGAGAAUGGGGGCCCUGCAGACAUGUGGAUAACUAUGAAAAAUUGAACCACAUCGAGGAGGGCUCCUACGGAUGGGUAUCGCGGGCGAAAGAUAUCUCAACUGGGGAGAUUGUCGCGCUGAAGAAAUUGAAACUGGAGAACUCGCCGGACGGGUUCCCGGUCACUGGCCUACGCGAGAUCCAAACACUCAUGGCAGCGCGUCAUCAAAAUGUUGUGUACCUCCGGGAGGUGGUAAUGGGGAAUAAAAUGGACGAUGUAUUCCUGGUGAUGGACUUCCAUGAACAUGACCUCAAAGCUCUCCUCGACGAGAUGCGCGAACCCUUCCUUCCCUCGGAGAUCAAGACCGUCUUGCUACAGGUAGUAGGAGGACUUGAAUUCCUACAUUCUCAAUGGAUCAUGCAUCGAGAUCUCAAGACCUCCAAUCUAUUAAUGAACAACCGUGGCGAGCUCAAAAUCGCCGACUUUGGCAUGGCUCGGUACUACGGCGAUCCACCUCCUAAGCUCACACAGCUCGUUGUGACACUCUGGUAUCGAUCGCCGGAGUUGCUCCUCGGCGCUGAAAAGUACGGCACGGAAAUCGACAUGUGGAGCAUUGGUUGCAUUUUUGGCGAACUUCUCACCAAAGAGCCUCUCUUGCAGGGCAAGAACGAGGUUGACCAGGUCUCCAAGAUCUUUGCGUUGACUGGGCCGCCAAACUCCCAGACCUGGCCGGGCUUCCGUUUAUUGCCUAAUGCAAAGUCCUUGCGGCUGCCGUCGACAACGGCACCUUCUUCGGCUGGAAACCCGCCUCUGCUGCCUCGGUCCCGAUUUCCCUACUUAACCAAUGCAGGCUUGGGCCUCAUGUCGGGAUUGCUGGCGUUGAACCCCGCGUCGCGUCCUACAGCCAGACAAUGUCUAGAUCACCAAUAUUUCAAAGAAGAUCCACGCCCAAAGCCACGAGAGAUGUUCCCUACAUUCCCAUCCAAGGCCGGAAUGGAGAAACGGAGACGUCAUCGCACGCCCGAGGCCCCCAAACGCGGCCAAGAAGCACCCGAGCUGGACUUUGCGGGUGUCUUCGGCGGUGCUCCGGGUGGAGAUACCGGUGAGGUAGGGGCGGGAUUCAGCCUCAGGUUGGGAUGA